AUGGCACUGAGAAACAGCACACUGUCAGGUCCCGCCAUCGCUCGCACCGAGUGCGCAGGCGCUGCCGGAGGAGCACGCCGGGGUCGGAGGGCCGGGUCACGUGACAGGGAUUCCGGGGCGGGGCCGCCGCCUAAGGCGGAGCCGAGAGUCCGGGCGGCGGCAGCCAUGGCGAUAUUUAGCGUGUAUGUGGUGAACAAAGCUGGCGGUCUGAUUUACCAGCUGGACAGCUACGCGCCGCGGGCCGAGGCCGAGAAGACCUUCAGUUACCCGCUGGAUCUACUGCUCAAACUACACGACGAGCGCGUGCUGGUGGCCUUCGGCCAGCGGGACGGCAUCCGGGUGGGCCAUGCGGUGUUGGCCAUUAAUGGCGCGGACGUGAACGGCAAGUACACGGCCGAUGGCAAGGAGGUGCUGGAAUAUCUGGGUAAUCCUGCAAACUACCCAGUGUCCAUUCGGUUCGGCCGGCCUCGCCUCACCUCCAAUGAGAAGCUCAUGCUGGCCUCCAUGUUCCACUCGCUUUUUGCCAUUGGCUCCCAGCUGUCUCCUGAGCAGGGGAGCUCAGGCAUUGAGAUGCUGGAGACAGACACAUUCAAACUGCACUGCUUCCAGACGCUGACAGGGAUCAAGUUUGUGGUGCUGGCAGACCCUAGGCAAGCUGGAAUAGAUUCCCUUCUCCGAAAAAUUUACGAGAUUUACUCAGACUUUGCCCUCAAGAAUCCAUUCUACUCCCUGGAAAUGCCCAUCCGGUGUGAGCUAUUUGAUCAGAACCUGAAGCUAGCCCUGGAAGUGGCAGAGAAGGCUGGGACUUUUGGACCUGGAUCUUGAGCAGAACCUGCAUUGGACCCCCCCCCCCCCUUCUGUGAUCCUGCAGCAGGGGUCCUGCUGUUUCCAUGCUAGUGGAAACCCAACAACUUCGUCAGUGUACUUGAACAUGGGAGACUGCUGAGCCUGAAGACAUUACUGAUCCCCGAGCCUGAACCGUGCUCUCGUCCCUUCUGUAGAUAUCAUGGCCCUACCUCCCACUCUGUACAGGUUAUUUAUGGAGGAGGUGGCCCACUAACCCUGCAAUAAACAUUUCUUUGAUCUCUU